AUGUCUUAUCCAGAUCACGACAUCACUGCAAAGUUUGAUUUUCCUGCAGAGGAGCUCAAAGUCAUCCAGUUCUGGAGAGAUAUCGAUGCGUUCCAGACAUCCAUCAAGCUACGUGAGGGAUGUCCCGAAUUCUCUUUUUACGACGGUCCGCCUUUUGCCACAGGACGACCUCACUACGGCCAUCUACUAGCGGGAACGGUCAAGGACAUCGUGACCCGUCAUGCUAGCAUGAGUGGCUUUCACGUCGAGCGGCGGUUCGGAUGGGAUACGCACGGUCUACCGGUAGAGCAUGAGAUCGAUAAGAAGUUAGGCAUCAAAUCCAAAGACGACGUGAUGGCGAUGGGCAUCGACAAAUACAACGCGGAAUGCAGAGCCAUCGUUAUGCGGUAUUCGGAGGAUUGGCGAGCUACCGUCGAGAGAAUUGGGCGAUGGAUCGAUUUUGACAAUGACUACAAGACACUUAACCUGUCCUAUAUGGAGAGUGUAUGGUGGGUGUUCUCCCAACUCUUCCAAAAGAACCUUGUAUACCGUGGCUUGCGGGUCAUGCCGUACUCCACCGGUUGCACAACUCCAUUGUCAAACUUUGAGGCUGGUUUGGCAUACAAGGACAUUCAGGACCCCUCAGUCACGAUCGGAUUUCCUCUUGUAGACGACCAGAAGACUAUGCUUCUUGCAUGGACGACAACGCCGUGGACUUUGCCAAGUAAUCUCGGCCUUUGCGUGCAUCCCGACUUUGAAUACAUCAAGAUCCAUGAUCCCGCGCGAGAUCUCAACUUUAUUCUGCAAAAAGACCUCUUGAAUGCAGUCUAUUCUGCUAAGGAGCUCAAGAAGCCACCUUUCAAGGUCAUCGCCACUUACAAGGGAUCGGAUCUCAAGGGAUGGCGCUACGUCCCCUUAUUCGAAUAUUUCACGGAAAAGUAUGAGGACAAGGCUUUCAAGGUGCUUGUAGACAAAUACGUUACAAAAGAGAGUGGAACCGGUAUCGUCCAUCAGGCGCCUGCAUUCGGUGAAGACGAUCACCGCGUUGCACUUGCUCAUGGAGUCAUUCGACAUGAUGAUAUGCCCCCAUGUCCUCUGGAUGACAUUGGUCGAUUCACAAAUGAGGUUCCAGACUUUGCCGGAAUGUACUUCAAGGAUGCGGACAAAGAGAUUAUCAAGACUCUCAAGAACAAUGGUCGACUGAUUGCUCACAGCACAUUUCAACACAGCUACCCCUUCUGCUGGCGGUCUGACACACCUCUCAUUUACCGUGCCAUUCCCGCCUGGUUCGUCCGCGUGACAGACUCGAGAUCUGAGCUCAUGGCUGCCAACAAGGCGACAAGAUGGGUCCCGCAGAGCGUCGGUGACAAUCGCUUCGGAAACUGGCUCGAGAAUGCAAAAGAUUGGAACAUUUCGCGAAAUCGAUACUGGGGUACCCCUCUCCCUCUUUGGGUCAGCGAUGACUUUGAAGAGAUCAUCUGUUUGGGCUCUGUUGAGGAACUCGAGAAACUCUCCGGCGUGCAGGGUAUCAAGGACAUCCAUCGGGAGAGCAUUGACGGGAUUACCAUUCCUUCGCAAAAGGGUAAAGGCGUCCUCAGGAGAGUAACGGAAGUCUUUGACUGCUGGUUCGAAUCUGGAAGUAUGCCGUUUGCACAAGAGCAUUAUCCAUUCGAGAACGAGGAACGCUUUAAAAAGGCCUGGCCGGCAGAUUUCGUGUCAGAGGGAAUCGAUCAAACUCGUGGCUGGUUCUACACAAUGCUGGUCGUCUCGACACUAUUGUACGGCAAGGCACCGUGGAAGAAUCUCAUCGUCACUGGGUUAGUCCUCGCGCAAGACGGAAAGAAGAUGAGCAAGAGUCUUCGUAACUAUCCCGAUCCUAACGCCAUCAUCGAUCAGUAUGGUGCCGACGCUACCAGAAUAUUCCUGGUGAACUCUCCCAUCGUCAGAGCUGAGAAUCUACGAUUCCGGGAAGAAGGUGUCAAGGAAGUCGUGGCUCGCGUCCUGCUUCCAUGGGUCAAUUCUUUCCGCUUCUUCUUGGGUCAAGUCGCGCUCUUAGAAAAGGAUACCGGCAUCAAGUUCAAAUAUAAUCCACACGCUCCGCUCUCUGCUAAUAUCAUGGACCGAUGGGUCCUCGCAAGGUGUCAAUCUCUCAUCAAACUAGUUCGAGAGGAGAUGGCUGCUUAUCGCCUGUAUACCGUCAUUCCUCGCUUACUUUUGCUCAUUGACGAGGUGACCAACUGGUACAUCCGAUUCAACCGCGCGCGGUUAAAGGGGGAGAACGGCCCCGAAGAUACCGUUUCUGCCCUCAAUACUCUUUUUGAGACCAUCUUUACUCUGUGCAAAACAAUGUCUUCAUUUACGCCCUUCCUGACCGAGAGUCUGUAUCAGACACUUCGAAAGUUCCUGCCUUCGAGCCAGAAAGACGAGCGCUCAGUGCACUUCCUUGACUUCCCGACGGUCCGCGAGGAAUAUUUCAACCCUGACAUUGAGCGCCAGGUCAAGCGCAUGCAGACGAUCAUCGAACUAACCAGAACGGUCAGGGAGAAACACCAACCUUCGCUCAAGAUUCCGCUGAAGGAGCUCAUUGUAUUCCAUCCGGAAACGAGCUUUUUCGGUGAUGUUAAACCGCUCCAAGGGUACCUGGAAAGCGAGCUCAACGUUCGCGAAAUCGUAUUUACGACGGACGAGGAGCGAACUUGCGUCAAGUACAAAGCCACGGCCGAUUGGCCAACUCUGGGAAAGAAGCUACGCAAGGAUAUUGGCAAAGUGAAAGCUGCACUCCCCAACCUGUCCUCGGAGGAUGUUAAAGAGUAUGAACGCACUGGAGAGGUCAAGGUGGAUGGAAUCCCCUUGGAGAAGGGGGACUUGGUGGUCACUCGCUAUGUUGACUUACCAGAGGACGGUAGCUUCGCAUCCAACACCGACAAUGAUGUCGUCGUCUUGGUCGACAUCCGUACUUAUCCAGAACUCGAAGCGGAGGGCCUAGCAAGAGAAUUCAUUAAUCGCGUACAAAGACUACGCAAGGAAGCAGGCCUCCAAGCAACGGACAAUGUCGAUGUUUUCUACAGCUUUGAGGAUGGUAGUGGCCUGGAUAUCUUGGCUGCCAUUGUCAAGCAUGCGGAGACCAUCACAAAGGCAAUCAGGUGUGCACCAGCUGAUGUCAAGACACGGCCAGCGGACGCGGUCGUGUUGAUCGACAGAAGGCAGGAGAUUGGCGAGACUGGAUUCCACCUCUCGUUGACUCGAAAGUAA